AUGCCCAACAUGGUCAAGCAAGACACCGUCGACCUGCCGGUCAUUGACUUUGCAGCCCUCAACGAAAAAGAUGCGUCGGGCCAGCGCACAUCCACAUCCAUCAACGAGCGCCAUCGCCUCUUCACAGCGCUCCGAGACACGGGCUUUGCCUACCUAAAGCACCCAGGGGUCAAUCAGAGCACGGUGGACGAACUGUUCGCACACUCGCGGCGCUUCUUCGCCAAGCCGCUGGACCAGAAGAUGCAGAUCCUGGGCCAGCUCGAGAAAGGUCGCGGGCCCAGCCAGGGCUACUCCAACCCGCUGAAGCUGGCGCACAACCCACAGACGUCCGACUUGAAAGAGUUCUUCGGCAUGUAUCGCGACGACGACACAGAGAAGCCGAACCAGUGGCUGGGCGAUGCGGACUCUCGCGCCAUGCGCGCAGACCUGGUGCGCUUCUUCGACUCGUGCCACGGGGUCAUCCGCGAGCUGCUGAGCGCGCUGGCGGAGGAGGUCGGGCUGGCGGCCGAGACGCUGCAUCCGGCCAUCGGCGAGAAGAACCAUUUCAUUGCGUGCUUGCAUUAUCCCGCGACGGAGCCGGAGUCGUUCCGCACGCGGGUGCGCGCGGCCGCGCACACGGACUACGGAUGCAUGACAUUGCUGUUCAACGAUGCGGGCGAGGGACUGCAGGUGCUGCGCCAGGAUGGGCAGUAUGAGUAUGUCCCGCGCAAGGAUGACUGCGCAGUUCUGAAUGUUGGCGACCUUCUCUCCCGCUUCUUCAACGGUCUUCUCCCGUCCACCAUGCACCGGGUCGUGGAGCCCCCGGCUACGCGGACCGGCGCGUCGACUACCGAGGUCCCCGACCGCUACUCGAUCGCCUUCUUUGGGCACUUCAACCUGGAUGUGCUGGUGAAGCCCCUGGAGGCGCUGGUGUCCGCGGCGAACCCGGCGCGGUUCGAGCCCGUCGUGGCGGGAGAGCACGUCAAGGCGCGGGUGAAGCAGCUGCAUGUUGCGGGGCAUAGUCUGAAGGACAACGAGCAGGGUGUUGAGAGCCGGGCUGCCGUUGCGCAGCCGGCUGUGGCGAGUGCGUCGGUUUGA